AAAAGAAAAAACUGUUUGGGGUAGGCUGCAUGAAGAGUAAGACAAGAUUUGAAAGGCAGGGAGGGUAUUUCCCUUUUAGCAGUGAAAGGAGCCCUCCUUGCUUCCUGCCUGGUUACCAGCCUUCUCAGUACUUUCUGGAAGAGCUGCCCUUUGUCCAGAGAAGGGCUGGGGAAUGUCAGGACAUAACAAUCGUAAAGGCCUUCAGGAGGGGAAGGGAGGCUCUUCCACUUCCUUUCCUGCAGGCCUGUCCUGGUUUUUCAUGAUGUCAUCCAUUCAUCAUUGUGAGCUGAGUGGCGGUCCCAAGGCUGGGCCAGCAGCCCAGGGCCAGGAGGAAGAGAGAGAUCCCAGGACAAACGUGCAGCCGGCCCCUGAGCAUGUGUAGAAAUGUUGUCAUCAGUUCCACAUAGAAAGCCUUGGUGGAAAUCGAAGAAGACAGUAAAAGUCACGAGAUCCUAUCCAACCUUCCCUCCACUGAAUGCCUGGGAAGAAUGCAGGGGCCUUUUGCCUGUGGAUGGGGAGCUGAACCCUGGUGUGGGCUUUGGUGUGGAGGAUGGGCUGCUCUGCCAGGUGGUACAUUCUCCAGAAUUCAACCUCUUUCCUAACUCAGUGGUGUUUGAAAGCAACUUUGUCCAGGUCAGGAGGGGCAGAAACUGGAUAGACAUCUACAAAGCCUCCAACACCAUGGCCCUGGGAGUGACCUCCUCUGUGCCCUGCCUUCCCCUUCCCAACAUCCUCCUCAUGGCCAGCGUCAAGUGGUACCAGGGGCAGAGCCAGACAUGGAACAAGCCAUCUACAAUCCCAAACAUCAUCCUGAAGAGGAUUCUCCCAUUGAAGUUUGUAGAGCUCCAGGUCUGUGAUCACCUUCAGCGUAUCCUGCGGUUGAGGACAGUCACUGAGAAGAUCUACUACCUAAAGCUUCACCCUGACCACCCUGAGAUUGUGUUCCACUUCUGGACCCGGCUGGUUCAAAUCCUGCAGAAGGGCCUGUCCAUCACCACUAAAGAUCCCAGGAUUCUUUUCACUCACUGCCUGGUACCCAAGAACUGCUGCAGCCCCUCGGGAGACUCUCAGUUCAUCCAAAAAAACCUCCCAGCCUCCCAGCCCAGCGACAGCCUCAUCCAGCUGAUGGCCAAGGGGGAGAGAGAGGCCCUCUCCCAGAUUUUUGCUGACUUGCACCAGAAGAAUCAGUUCAGGAGCAGUAAAAAGACGGAGACCAACAAGGACACCUCAGAGAAAGAAACACCCUGUGAAGACUGCAUCCCCUGCACCCGCGACCUCAGCUGGAGGGAUUCGUUCACCUUCGGAGAGUGGGAAAGGGAGAACCCUUCUGGGCUACAGCCCCUCUCGCUCCUCAGCACGCUGGCAGCCUGUACUGGGCCACAGCUGGCCCCACCCAUAGGCAGAGAACCGGGAAAACGCACUUAUUUAAGCGAAGGAAGCGGCUUGAUAGACAAAGACCAGCGACACAUGACCGAGCAGGCUGUUACGGAACGCGAGAUGAUGGCAGAUAACGAGACGGUAAUCCGAGAAGCCCCGUGGAGGCCCAGUCAGGCGCUGUCAGUGGGGACGUGGCGGCUGGACGACCGCGCCCACACGCCACCGGAGCAGCGGCUAGGCCCGGCCACCCUACAGGCCCCGGGACCAGAGUUGGGCGGGAAUCCCGUCCACGCAGCCCGGCGCGCUCCCGGGGACGUGGCGCUUCCCAGCCAAUCCCGGCUACGCGAUUGUGCGACCAAUGGCUGCCCGGAGAAGCUCUGCGUCAGCGGCGAGUCUGUUGUUGAUUAG